UUUAUUUGAGGUUAGGUUUUCUGGACGCCAUCCGGAUACAGCGUGCUUCUAAUUGUGCCAAGGAUUGCAGGCUAAGAAAGGCAAAGUCCUGGGAAAAUGGUGAACAAACAAGAUCUGGAACUUGCUGCCAUGUCGCUGAAAAAGCACGCGGAGAAGGCAAAAGCGCGUACGAUAAUUAAAAUUGAUCGAAAAGUAAAAGCCUUCAAGAUAACUCUGGACAAGAAUCCGGGAAAUGAGAAAAUCAGGAAGAAAAUGGCCAAAUUUCUCGAAGAAAAGGAAGCUCUGAAGACUUCCAAGCGCCAGGAGAGUAUCAAGAAGAUCGUUAAGAUGUCAACGCAGGAUUGCACGAAGGUGAUGGCUUCUCCGAAGAGUACCGUGGAGGAGAGAGCAAUUGCCAAACUACUCUAUCAGAAUGCAAAUCUUCAGGAGAGCAUCAAAAAGGUGAAGGAGAAGUUCGAUUUGAAGGACGAUGACUCAGAAUGGCUGGAACUUCUGCUGAAACCUGGCAGAAGGAAGGCUCAGAAGAUGCUGAAGAAGAAGAUGAGGCAGGGAGAUGGUUCGACGGAGGUAGAAAGUGCCCCUGAGGAAACAGGAGAAUCGCCCAAGAAGAAAAAGAAGAAGGUCAAGAAGCCUUCUGUUGACGAGGAAGGGGACGAAGAAAAGCCUGCAUCCCCAAAGAAAAAGAAGAAACAGAAACCUCCAGCUGACGGGGAAGAUGAAGAAGCAUCAGAAUCCCCCAAGAAAAAGAAGAAAAAGCCCCCAGCUGCUGAGAAUGAGGACGAAGAAGAGGAAAAACCAUCUCCCAAGAAGCAAAUGAAGCAAAAGCCGGAAAAGAGCGACAAACUCCUGAAAAUGAACGAUAAAUCCAAGAAAAUCAAUCAGAAAGCGAAAAAAUUCCCUCCCAAUAAUCCAGGCAGCAAUUUCCAGAAGAAAAUGAAUGGAAACACAAAGCCCCAAUUCGGUGGGAAGCCUCAGAAAAAGACCUUCCAGAAUCCUUCCGGAAAGAAGUUUGCCGCCGGCGGCGGGAAGCCUGGAAAAUUCGACAAAGGUGGAAAGAAGGGACAGGAUCAUCCUUCCUGGGAAGCCAAGAAGAAACAGAAGCCAACUAUUGCUAAUUUCCAAGGGAAGAAGACCACCUUCACGGAUUAGAUGCAAUUCUCUCCGGGAGUCGACAUUUCUGACAACAUAACCUCACUUUCGGAUCCCUGACAGCCGCAGCGCUUUUUUCUUGUCCAAAUAUUUUCUUUUGGAUUAAAUGACUUAUAAAUAAAGUAAUUAAGUUUAAAA